CUCGCCUCUCUUGCGGACAAUAACGUAUUGAUUUCAUAUUUUAAUUGCGAAUGGGUAUUUCUGAUUUGCGAUCAAUACGACAUUAUAAUAUUUAAAGCGCAUAUGAAUAUAGACGUAAACAUCAACUGUGCGCGGUUAGUGAUUGACUCAAACAUGGAUCUCACUUUUGUGUUGUGCACGGUGGCAGCGCUUUCUGUGUAUGCGAAUUCCCAAUACAUGAAUGGAACUGAAGAGAAGGGCCUCAUCUUUACUGCGAGAAACACCAGGGGAACCAGAGCAGCACUCUGGCACUUACCCACGAUGCCCCCGUACGAUGAAGUGCCGGAAACGGUGACUAUAGUACCGUUUAAUGAUCGUUUCCUACAGUUCUACAGCCUCGAUGUCGACUUUAGGAAGAAGAUCGUUUACAUCUACGAUAGGCAUUACAGGUCGCUUCUAGCCGUUGAAAAUUACACAGCAAGUAUGGAUAACAUAGCAAGGGAAAAACCCUUCCACCUUGGUGUUUCAACCGGUACUGUUCAGAUCGCCGUUGAUUGGUUGUCGCACACAAUCUAUUGGACCGACUCCACCUAUCGUUGGAUUGCUGCCGCCCCUGGGGCAAUUGAAAAGAUGGACAAUGACAUCUACAAAAUCAUUGCCGAUACGAACCUCUACCAUCCUGAUGGCAUGACGUUGGAUCCUCUUGAUGGUUUCCUCUUCUGGACGGACAGUGGUCUUUAUCCAAAGAUUGAACGAUCAGAUAUGGCCGGCAGAGACAGAAAGACCCUUAUCACAAAAGGUCUCAUUUCACCAAUAUCAUUGGAAACGGACAUUGCGAACAAACGAAUUUAUUGGAUAGAUACAGCUACAGAAAACAUCGAAUCUUCGAAAUACGACGGUACCGACAGGUUGACAUUAAAACGGAUAACAUUGUCAACGUUGUUUGAUUCUCGCAAUUUUCAGGGUAAGUGA